CACCUACUUUCCCCUGGAGCCAGUUUAGAAGAUUUCACAUUAAUUAUGACAGAUUUCCUAACCUGUCAUACUUAUUAUCUUUAACAAUUUGUUUCUCGCUUUGUAGAGUCGAGUGACGAUUUUAACUUUCAGAUUCGGCUUCUACACGUCAAAAUAUACGAGAUAGCGGAACAUUUACAGGUGUAAACAUCUGAUGAAGUGAGAGCCAAAUAUGGAUUUCCAAAAUCGUCCAGGCGGCAAAACCGGUGGCGGUGGCGUUGCCUCCUGGUCGGAAAGCAAUCGCGAUCGCCGAGAGAGAUUACGUCAACUCGCUCUGGAGACCAUUGAUUUGAAUAAAGACCCAUACUUUAUGAAGAAUCAUUUAGGCUCAUACGAGUGCAAACUAUGUCUCACUUUGCACAACAACGAAGGCAGUUACCUGGCGCAUACUCAGGGUAAAAAGCAUCAGGCCAAUCUAGCCAGACGAGCCGCGAAAGAAGCAAAAGAAGCACCUCAAACUUUGGCACCAGAGAAACCUAGAGUGGAGCCAAAAAAAUUUGUAAAAAUUGGUCGCCCUGGUUAUAGAGUCACUAAGCAGCGUGACCCGGAAUCUGGUCAGCAAAGUUUGUUGUUCCAAGUAGAUUACCCAGAAGUAGCUGACAAUGUAAUCCCACGACAUAGGUUUAUGUCAGCUUAUGAACAGAGAGUUGAGCCACCAGAUCGUAAGUGGCAAUACCUGCUAUUUGCUGCUGAACCAUAUGAAACUAUUGCUUUUAAGGUGCCCAGUAGAGAAGUAGAGAAAGCAGAAGGCAAAUUCUGGACUCAUUGGAACAAAGAUACAAAACAGUUUUUCUUACAAUUUGCAUUUAAGAAUGAGAAACCUGUGGGUAAAGUACCACCACCACCACCAGUCCCUUUGAUACGACCAGGACUAGGUCCAAUGGUGCCUGUUCCGCCGCCUCCGCCUAGACCACCAAUGUUCAAUCCAGUGCCACCACCACCAGCUCUAUUGGCUACUGGAAUGCAAAUACCGCCACCACCACCGCAUUUAGCAUAAGACUCAAAAGGAUAAGUUUGAUGUAUAAAAUAUAAUUUAUCCAUAACAGCGAUAAUUAUUCGUAG